UUAAUUUUGCUACGUUGAAAAUUUCCUUUAGCAAAAGGUCAUUCAACUUUCCCUGUGUAUUUUUAUUGACUGCGUGAAUUGUUAGAAGGAAAAUUAUGUGGUUUUAAUAUCGCAAUGAAAUUGUUUCCAGAAUACUUAAAUUUGGCGCUGUACCGAUGUCUUUCUGGUGAAGUGAUACUGCAAUAUUCUGAUGAAUUUACAAACCAAAUUAAUCAAAUUUAUUUCUUAGGGAGAGAAAGCGAGGGGACAGGGACAAGAGACAGAGAGGCUGGCGAGAGCUUCGCGUAUCUCUUCAGCCGAUUGACCUUAUCAAACGUUCGCCAGAUUAGCGUCACUUGUCCGGAUGAGUGUAGUUGGCAGUGUCAGCCGACGGUAACACCGAACCAGUGUGCGUCGUCAAUCGUCGUGUCGGGAAAAAUGAUGAUCACCGUGGUCCAGGCGAAGCUCGCGUCGAUGAUCAUCAUCGGCGUGGGCAGCUUCGUCGUCGGCUUGGCACCGGCUUGUUUCGUUUCGCGCGUCCGUUACCUCCAGCAACGAUUGUUCCUCUCGUGCACGCUGUGUUUCGGCGCCGGUGUACUCUUGGCCACUUCUAUCCUCCACAUGCUACCGGAGACGCGGGAAUCAAUGCCGAAAUACGCAGAGCUUCUCUUCGCGUCCGGUUUUCUUCUUUUAUACCUGAUCGACGAGAUUGUUCACUAUUUUUGGAAUAGUGACUAUCAGCAUCAACCGAAUAGGAGCGCAGCAAACGGUAAUAAUCAGUCAGAGUGGAACCAAUCGCAUAAUGUGAGCUAUGCCGGUAGCUCUCGGACCGUCCGAGUUGACGUUAAUUCGGAAACACCUUACCCGACGAGUCUAAUGUCCGGGAACGGAAAAGGCAACAACUGGAACAGCACCGGCUACGGAGCGGUGCAAUACGCGCCAAGCGCGCCGAUUGGAUUUAACAGCGAGGAAACAUUUCUAUGCCACGGGAAUCAUUCGGAACCGUGCCCGGACUCCAAUGCGAGUCUCAUGGGACUUUUGUUGGCGCUCACGGUCCAUGCCGUCCUCGAGGGACUCGCUGUCGGCUUGCAGAAAUACACGUCCGAGGUCUUUCUACUGGUCGGAGCAGUCGCUUCUCACAAGUUCGUCGUCGGAUUUUGCUUAGGAUUAGAAUUGGCCGGUGCCAAUAGCGUCUUCUUCAAAAUUCUGUUAGCAACUCUCGUGUUCUCUGGCGGGUCCGUGAUCGGUAUAGGAAUUGGAAUGAUCACGUUUCGCAUGACGAAUCAAUGGACGGAGGUGGUAGUGCCGAUCUUGCAAGGUUUGGCGGGUGGAACGUUGCUCUAUGUGACGGUCAGCGAAAUUUUGCCGCGGGAGAGAGCGCGAUGGCAUAGGAGUCCGCGACGCGUGGCUGGUAUUUUGCAGCUUUUAUCAGUGGUUGUUGGAUUUGUCAUCAUUUUCCUUCUGAACAAGUACGUGACUGAGUCGUGAAUCAUCCGUUAUUUACCUUCAGUUAAUCGACAGACCAAAUCUUACACUGCAAGAAUCAACGAAUCGUGGAAGCAAAUAUGUUUUGCGAGUUAAUGUACGAUAGUCCACUUCUAUAAAGAAGACACUCUGAUCCUAUUAAGAGCAAUGAUGCCUUCUUUAUAGAAAUAAAUUAUACUUACAAUGAGUAAUUUUUAUUUUCUACAUAUGUAUAAUAUUGUAUGUUCAUUUGCGCCGUUAUAUUUGUUUAUGUAUGAGUAAGAUUUAUUUUAUAGGAACAUGGAUGCUCCAAAGAAAGGGGGAGAUAAAGGGGGAGGAGAUAAGGUACUUUAAAUAUUACGUAAAAAUAGAACGCCGUGACGAAAUCGAUACGGGGUUUGAGCUCUUUUUCUUAGUUCCUUUGUGGAUUUAAAAAGUGGUAACGCCAAUGUAUGGUGAAUGAAAUCCUUAUGUCGAGCUUCAUGAAAUCAAAAUCGACGAUAGCUAAGGCUGAAUUAUCAUAUUAAAGGUCGUGUACUCCGUCCUUUAUUCAUUGGUACAAAAUGAUUUUCAUUUUCAUAACAAGAUAUCUGGACUGCAGAUUUUAUCUAUUAUUAUUACAAAAUUCAUUACAAAAAUUAAUGAAUGUAAAAGAUGCGUAUGAUAUCCAAUAAUAUACAAUUAAAAGUGAUUUUAUAUAAAAAUAUGCAGUCUAGAUAUCAUAUAUAUUUUCUUAUAUGUACUGAUUAGAUAUCUUAUUUUAUUAUCGCAGUCAACGUAUCUAAUUUUGUAAUAUUGAAAUCCACUCAGUUCGUAGAAUGCAAUUAUCUCACAAGAAUUCAUUAUUAGAAUUAUCUACAAUUUCAUCGUGUUACUAUGAAUAAUGAACAUAAUUACAAGAACGAUUUAAUUACUUUCAUGAGCCACUUAAACUAGUAAUUGCUCCUCUCCGUGAACGAGAGUGUUAAUUACAGUUACAUUUAAUUAAAAGUCCGUAAUAUUAAGUAAAAAUGUGCGAUUGUUAACCCAUCGAUUUUAAUAAAGCAAGAUUACUUUUUUACGAGA